GUAGCGACAUGUAACAACAAGAAGCACUUUAUUUUACUUCCCCCCUUUGUUCUGUCUUUCGUUUAACGUUAGCUUCAUGUGUUUUGAAAACGACUACCUAAAUGUAACCGUGUGCUUGACGAGGGUCGACCGUUGGACGUACUUUGAGCUGUCAUUUAGCUAACGUCAGCGAUAUUUAGUUUAAGGAACAGGCACAGUUUCAAAAUGCGGAAUGACUCUCUGCUCUCAAGCAUCAAUGUGGUGCUUGUUAUGGCCUACGGAAGUCUGGUGUUUGUUUUGCUGUUCAUCUUUGUCAAAAGACAAAUCAUGCGGUUUGCCAUGAAGUCUCGGAGAGGACCACAUGUUCCCCUCGGCCACAAUGCACCUAAAGAGCUGAGACAAGAAAUUGAAGCCAAACUGAGUCAGGUCCAGAAAAUCCACUUUGAGCCUCGUCUGCUGUCCCCAGACGAUGACCGGCUAAAGCAGAGAGAACAGACUGAUUCUUACGACUACCUGUACAGGAUGAGAGCGUUGGAUGCCAUCAGAGACACUGAUCUCCCUUUCCGUGAACUGGGUGGGACGUCUACUGCUGUGACCGGGAAAAGAUUUCGGACCUGGCUUCUGCAGCUACGAAAUUCCCAAUGCAUGUUCCGAGACAGCCAAAGCUCCCUCAUUGACACAGUACUGGAUGGAUACAAUAAGGCACGCCAUGGGGCUGAGGCUUUUGGUGAAGCAGAGUUUAUAAAAUACCAGGAAGCUCUGACUGAACUGGCCUCCGUUGUGAAGUCUCACAGCAGCGGCAGCAGCACUCCGAUCCAGCACCACCAGUCUGCUGCCAAAGACCUGACCAGUACCACAGAUCCUACAAGCUCCUCCUCCUCCCCCACCCAAACCACCUACCUCAUAUCUACAAUGCAGCAGCGCAGCAAGAGGCCCAGACACUUCCUGGAGCUGAAGAACUUCAAAGACAACUACAACACUCUGGACAGUACGCUCUAAAAAUCCACAACGUUCGUCCAAAGGAAAGGUAGUGCCGCCAGUGAUUAAAGUGCCUGUGGGCGGUGACGGGUUUACUGUCACCACACGGUCUUAGAGUGGAGUGACAAAAACACUGCCUUCAUACACAAACACACAUUGCCUGGUUUACAGUAUAGUGCAUAUCAGACUACUGGCACAGUGCUCUUUACCUAAGUGUAGCUUAAGAUAUAUAUUCUGCAUGUAUGAGUGCUAUAUAUGGAUAGGAAAAUGACUAUAGUAAGUUACUAUAGUGCAUAUGGUUGAUUUGACCAAAACAAUACCAGAGCUAUGCGGCUAUGCAAUGGCAUAAGACAAUCAGUAUUUAUUGCACAAUGUAAAAGCCUAUGCAGAUGUGUUGAAAUAAUCCUACUGUAUGUAAACAUGCUGAUACUUCCUGUUGUUACUACUAGUGUUAAUGAUUGCCUCACACUGAGAAACCCACAGUUUAUGUCACUUCUGUUUACAUAUAUGUAUUGUAUGUCUCUACUGCUCAUAUGUUACUGUGAAUUUAACAGCUUUUUAAAGCCUUAAUUGUUUGUUUUAUAGAAGCCAUACUUGAUUUGAUGAAUUUUGAUCAUUAAGUACUUUUUUAACUUAAAUAAUUUCUCUCAGUGCAAUGUAAUUCAACAGUAUUCCAGUGCAUUAUUAUAUUCUGAAUGAGAGGUAUUACAUCUGGGGUAGACUCUUGCUUUGUUUUCCCAGGGAGGCACUCUAAUGCCUGUUUAAUUUUAUCUUCUGUGGUGCUUACUGUACAAUUUGCCAUCCAAAUAAAACAGUGACAUGGAGUCAAA